GCCAUGUGAAAGUCCUUUCUUUCUCCCACUGCGCUUGGUUCAGGGGCUGAGCUCAACCCUGCAAUGCAGGCUCAUGGUCCGAGGCCCAGCUGAAAUUCAAAUGCUGGCAGUGGCGUUGCCGUGCCAACCUCCAGCCUGGCAAGUGCCCUGCCUUCAUUCCAGAACCUUCUGCUUUGGCUGGGCUUGUUCUGGAAGGGGGCCAGUUGCUUUGGUAACCAGAGAGUGGCCAAGACUCUUCCAUGUUGUCGUGGGUACCAUGUUGAACCCUCAUCGCCAGUCUGUGCUGACCAAUGCCUGUAUCAAGCCCUCAGUGGAUCCCAUCGCCCGGAGCCCCGGCACCAUCUAUGAACCAAAGGGGCAGGUCCGACUUUUGGGCCUGCUUUCAGAAAAUUCCCCACCAAAGCAGGAGGACUACUUGGACGCUGGGGAUGGAAUGCUUAUCUGUAUGAAACGGACCAAGAAGAGAGCCCUUAACCCAGUCCAGAAGGGUUGCUGGGAACCUGAACAACUUGGCCCAAAUGUCAGUGAAGCCUCAGAUGUCGAGCUGGAUCAAAACUUAAACAGGCAGCUGGACCCCGUCCCUCAGGAGCAGAGCAAUGCAUCCCCGCUGCCCGAAAACCCCAAGCCGCCUCGCCCAGGUUCCUUCCCUUUUCACUGGAUGUGGGAGAGCUUUUCCAUCAAAGGCCAGGCUGUCUACCAAGACCAUGCUUUGGAGAAGGACAAGAAGAGGACCUUGCCGCGGGCUUCUACCGACUCUCCCCGGGAACCCCCUUUCACCCCCGCCUUGGCCUCGGGCUCCCCGGCCCCCAAAGAGAGCCGCUGCUUGGAAGCGCUCAAGACUUCAGGAAGUCCUGAGGGCCCCUACAGCAGACGUCAGAAGCACUACUCGCACGCCGGCUUGGUUCCUAGAAGCUCUCUCUUGCCCCUCUUCUGGAAGAUGGAGGCCCGGUCAGAAGCCCGGAAGCGUCAGUUGCGCCAGGAACGUCGGCAUUGGCUCCAUCUCACCCAUCAGCUCCUGACCCUCGAAGGGCAGGGUCUCCGGCGAGAAAAACGCCUCUCAGUCAAGGAGCUGGAGGAGAAGCUCCGAGCAGAACUCCUGUGUUUGGCCACGGAGCCCGAAGAGCCGGGCCCCCAAAAGGAGAAAAGGAAAUCCAAAACGCGGGCCCCAACUCCCAAGGAGGAGCCGACGUUCAAGCCCGUCAUCAAUCGGCGGGUGCCCAACUUCAAGCAUCUGCAAAGGCGCUUCCAGGAGCAGCUGGAGCAGAGGAAGGAGCAAGGAAAACUGACUGUCUGCAAGCCGUUCCGCCUUCAUUCCAGUAGCUCUCAGCCUCUUUCAGAAGACGAGGUAAAGAAAGACCAGGAAGAUUUGUUUCAGGACUUCCGGCGGCUUUGGGGCAUAGACUGGAGGGCCCAGUCUUGUCCAGAUUUUGAACCGUCGAUGGUUCCUCAAGUGAUGACCACCAAAACGUCUGAUAAAAGACAGGAAGCUAACAGGUUGCUUUUGCAGGAAUGGGAACGGCGGGAACAGCAGGAGAAACGGCGGGCUGAGCUGCGCAGACUGAAGGCGCAGCACGUGCAGAGGGAAGUAGCUAAGUGCCUGGCUACUUACCAGCCUCCGGGAUGCUCCGCUGGGUCGGUCCAGAGAAGGCGGGAAGAGCUCAGGAGGCAAGAGAAACAGCGCAUGGAGGAAUACAUGAUCCAGCUGCAGGAGAUACAAGACCGCGUAGAGAGCCGCCCGUACCUCUUUGAAAGAGUCAUGCAGGCCAACGCCCGCCAGGCCGUGGAGCGCCGUUUCUCCAAAGUCUUGGCCGCCCUGGGGAUCGAUGAAGAGAUGCUAUGGAAGCACGCUGCUCGGCAGCCUUCGGGAAAAUAUGGAGUCAAAGCCAUGUAUCGGAGGACAGAGUCCUUAGAAGAUCUCCAGAAAUCAACCUGAAAGGAAACUGGAGCGGAUGGAGGAAGCCAAACCACGUCUGAGCUACCAGCUACCCCUGCCUUCUGGACAUGGAAUCCUGGGCUAUCUGAAAAUAAACCUAACUUUGAGAUGUGCAGGAGACCAGCCUGCCUUUGUUUCUUCUGGCGUAUCCCUGGAGGCUGAUGCGUACAGCAUCGCUUGAUCUGCAGACGGGCUACCAGCCGCUGCGUCUUUCAUCCAUAGCCAGCGUUUGCGUUUUGUAGCCACGCUGCCUCUCCUGUGCAAGCUGACGGCUUGCCGUUAGCCAGCUAGAGAGCAUCAGCGCUGCCUCUCGUUCACGGGCCAGCGACCUGCAGCGUUCUCUGGGCGGCCGGCAGGGAUCUCAGGCAGUUAGCCGGCCUUCCUGUUCAGCCACCCACAGCAGCAGCUUCAUUCUCCUAACGCCCAGGACCACCUUGCUUGAGCAUCAACUCCAAGUUGGCAUUUUGCAUGCAGAUCUUUGUAAGCAAGCAAGAACUCCUGGGUGGAAAAUGAAACCAAGGGGAAUUCUCAUUCCCCUAGAAGAGAAGACCAGCACCUGGUCUUAGGCAUUCCUAUCAGCCUUACCAGAUAGGAAACAUGA